GCGCAAUUAACUUAAACUUCCGUACGGCACAAUUUGCUUUUCAUGAUCACAUUUAUUGUAUUAUCAACGUCUGUAGUUCAUAUUUGAUCAGAUAAUGGCUGUAAGUUUUGAUGAUAAACUGCUUGGAGAAAAGGCCCAGUAUUAUUGCAGCAGCAGUGAGGAUGAGGGAGAGGAAGAAGAAGAUGAUGGGGAGGGGCGAGAUAAAUCGGCCACGAAGCAAACUGUACCCUCUGUCUCUGAGCCAACCAUAGGCAAAUACCAGGGAUACUGUACAAAUACUGGGCCGAAGGGUGUGAUGACAGACUGGCGGGAGUUCAAACGAUUAGAAACGGAAAAGCGAGAAGAUCAAGAAAAACAAAAACUAGAGCUGGCCAAGAAAUUGUCUCUCACCUGCAGAUCACAUUUAAAUGAUGACAAGGCCAGCCAAGAAGACUCUAUUCCAGAAACAUUAAUUUUAAGUGAGUUUGAAGAUGAAUUUCUCAAGGAGUAUCGAAGAAGAAGAAUAGCAGAAAUGGCACAAGCUUUACAGCGGGUACCUACAUUUGGAAAGUUGAUAUUUCUCCAAUCCAGCAAUGAAUUUUUAGAAGCCGUCGACAAGGAAAAUCCACAAGUAACAGUCAUCAUCCAUAUUUUUGAAGAGAAUGUGGCGUCUUGUAAAGCUAUGAAUGGUUGUCUGAUGUGUCUUGCCCAGGAGUACCCGACAGUGAAGUUCUGCAGAAUGAAAGCAUCCACAGUGAGACUCAGCAUGAACUUUACAGAGAAAGGCCUGCCAGCAUUGUUAAUUUAUAAGAAUGGUUUGAUGGUGGGAAAUUUUGUGCGGAUGUCUGAUGAAUUUGGGGAAGACUUCUUCGCUACAGAAAUUGAGAGCUUUUUACAAGAACAUGGGUUUCUGUCAUCAAGUUCCAAAGAUCUGAAUUCUGUAAUACGUGACAAGUUGCCAGAAGACGAUGACUGUGACAGUGAUUUUGAUAUAGACUGAUUGUGAACAUGUUACUUCAUUUUAUUUACAGCAGUCUAAGAAUUUCAGGGCUCGAACUUAAGAAUUUGGAUUCCACAGCAAUUUUAAAAAUAAUUGCUGUGGUCAAAAAGGCCCACCGACGGCAAUUUUGAGCC